CAGAUUGUGAAAGUUAAGGUCACUCAACCUAAACUUCAUGGUUGCAAUACUAAAAAGUUUGUCGACUACGAGAUAACUAUCGAGGUAAGUUUCUCUGUUUCUCUGCAUUUCUGCUACGAACCCUCGCUAAGGGUUAUACGAGGCCUUCUUUGCUAUGAAGAUAAUUCACUAACAUGAGGCGCUAAUUUUUUUUUCACUCAUGUAUAAAUGAGCCAUGGCUUAUAGAGGACAAGUUCUAUCAUGCUGGUGCUCAUCUUCUGUGUAACUUCUUUGCUAACUUAACCAUUUGUAAGGGCAAAUUUACGUCUUACUUUAUUCAUCCAGCUAACAUGAGCUUAUGUAAAAAUAAUCUAACGCAUUCUUGAAGAUGGCUUAAAUACUUGUCAUUUUUGCGGUCAAUUAAACAUGGCUUUCUUUCUUUCAGACCAACAAUAAAGCUUUCUUCAGAAAAUUUUCUAGUGUGAGACGGAGAUAUUCCGAUUUCUGCUGGCUCAGAGCAAAAUUGUGCAGUACUGAGAUAAACGGAUUUGGAAUGUAAGUGAUGGUGGAGAGAUGGAAAUAUCUGAUUUCCAUAAAAAGAGCUAAAGGGUUGAAUGGUUUAAACAUUUACCCCUGGGUGCAAUGUCUGUAUGGAUCCUUAUGGCACAAGUAUAAGAUUUAUGCUUUUUUACUAGUAAGGGCAGCCACAAAAAACAUACAACACUUAUUUGUAUUAUAAAAAAGGAGAAUUUCAAAACCUUCUGUUCUUCUUGUGCAGUGGAACCUUGAUAUGACGAAAGGCCAAGGGACUGAGAAAAUCUGUUCCCUACAUUGAGGUUUCAUUGUAUCAAGGUUCUUCUCCAUACAUUUUACUAUUACUGGGGCAAAAAGAGGACUUUGAUCUAUAGAGGUUCCACUGUAUGUAUGCUCGCAUACAUACAAAUUAUUACUCUUGGUGUGAAUUUUGUCCUCAGUGUAAGCUCAAGCCUCCUAAUUAAGGCAACAAAAAUGGCACUUCUCAUAAAACUUCUCUUUUUCCAACAAUCUGGGAUUAUACUUUGAUGCCAACAUUCACAGUGACAAAAUUUUUAGACUGCUAGUAGUCCCCCAGGAUUGCCGUGCUGCAAGCGUGUUACGUGUGAGCCAGGCAAUCUUUAAAGGAAGACUUUGAAAAGGCAAGGAGGGAACUGCAAUUUUUUGUAACCAACACAUUCAAAUUCUUUGUCCUCCAAAUGUGUGAAAUUAACUGAUUAUCAGUUAAUUAAACACUAAUCUUGUCAGCAUAAUAGAAAGUCACACACUACCAGAGACAGACAAUACCAAAUUGUGCUGCCAUCGCAUUGUUUCCAUGCUCUAUUUAACAAAUAGAUUCAUUGUUGAGGUGCAUCUGUUGGGAAAUAGAUUGCAGAUGACGUCAAAAUGUGCUAAGAAAAAAAAUGGUUCUUAGCACAUUUUGAUCUUUUGAACCUUUUUUAUGUCCCCUGUGAUCAAUAGUAAUAUUUUAAAUGAUACUGUCAUGCCCGUUAAAUUUUGAUUUCCUCAGUUCCAUUUCCUGCAAAUUUUCUGGGACAAAUGAUAAAAUUUACAGAAAAACUGAUUCAAAAAUUUCAACCACAACAUAUUACAUUCCCCUUUGUUGGUACAAAAGAGCAAUAUUUCGGUGUCCUGGCCUACUAUAAUAGGGGUAAAGAAUAUUGAGUGCCAAUUAGAUGAUGAAAAAUGAGACAUAUAAGGUGCAUCCUAAUAAGACACAAACUGUCCAUUUAAAUGACACUUUUAAAUGAUUUUGGGUCUUAUUAAGAUGCAGCUUAGUUGAGAAAUAUCUUGUUUUACUCAUAAAUAUGGUAUGUACAGUUUGCUUUUAAUUAUAAGGCAAGUCCUUUUUUUCCUUUUCAAUGGCGAUAUUGUUUGUUUCACAGGGGUCUUCCUUGAAAAUGCCCUGACAUUCAUGGAAAGUACUUAUGAUGAUACUCAGUCUAAUAUGUUUGUUUUGUCUUCUCAGGAACAGAACCGUGCCAGAUCUUCCCCCCAAGAAUUAUUUUGGAAGAUUUAGUAAAGAAGUGGUUGACGCAAGACAGCAAGGAUUACAAGAUUUUUUAAUAGAGUGAGUUGCGAAUAAAAGAGAUAAAAAUUCAUUUUCUAGAGAGCAUUUUUGUGUGAACCAAAGGCUACUGUUCAUUCUCCAGAAACAAUGUUUACGCUAUAGUAAUGUGGUAUGUAUUCAUAUGCUUGACUUGCUAAUGAAAAAAUUUAUUGUACAAGAUCCUUUGUCCAGUGUCCAGUCUUCAUUCAUCUUGCUCCCAUUCUUCAAAGGUUGGAUAGCGCUAUCCACCCGAGAAAUUGCUCUCCAGUGGAUAAGUAUUCCCUUCUGAAAACCAAUUUUGCGUUAUCCAGUGGAUAGGCCACUUGCACUAAGAGGGCACGUGACCAAUGCUUCCUUUAAACAAUGAGUUGGAAUCUUGCUGAUGCCAAAAAUUGUUAGAGCACACAAAAAUUAUCUUACACCCGAAAUUUGAGAGGA